AUGGUAACAGAGCCAGAGCGCCUGGGGCCAGAGUGGGAUGUGGUCUGGUCCGUGUUGUCCCGGUCCGCGCGCUUCGGGGCCAGGCUGCUGGAUCCCGACUCUUUGGAUCUGGAGGUCAAUGGCUCCAGAAGAAGCUUGGCCUUUGAGGAGAAGGAUGACUUUAUGAUUCGUCUUGCGCUGCAGGAGAUUCGCGUCAUGGAGGGCCAUCAUCAGAACGCAUCCCCGGCACGCUGCAUACAGGCUGUUUGGCGUGGAUUUCAUAUGCGUCGAUCCGUGGAGCGGCACAAGGUUCGAAUGGUGCAAGCCGUAAGAGCGCUGCAACGUGGGGCUCGACGCCUGUUGUGGCGAAAAGACAUGGCGGAGUACGUCAAGGAAUAUUUGGGCGAGAUCGAUGAACUGGACUUGCUCUUGGACGCGAAGGAGAUGCUGCGACGCAGGGCGUUGAAGCUCAUCGAGCCGGGCUCAGAGAUGAGAACCAUCCCUGUUUUCGUGGAAUUCAAGCAUUCCGGCCUCUGUGACUCCCAUUUUGGAGGCUUGCACUUGGAUGCACCGUCAUCUUGGACCGUAGGGGACCUCAGGGCCCGAAUUCAGGAACUGACAGAAGCACCGCUCCUUCGGCAGCGAUUGGUCCUCGCUGAGGCCCUGGAGGAGACGGGUGAAGGCGGCCCCUUUGGCUCGGGAUCGCCGUGCUUGGAAAAUGGAGAGUUCUUGUCCGGGAUUCUGCCACCGUCGCGGGAGCUCCGCGUCGCUGCGGUCCCGAGCUCGGAGCGCCAGGCGGCCUGGCAACUGCGCGUGGGCGCGCGGCCUGCGGCCUUAGAGGAAGCACCCGAUGUCAUCCGGGACGAUUUCGCCGUAGUAUUGGAGGCCGUCUGCCACUGCGGGGAGGCUUUGCAGUUCGCUUCGGAGCAGCUCCGGAAGGACCGGACCUUGGUGCAGGCCGCCGUCCGCCAAUCUGGUGCGGCCCUUUUCUACGCAUCAGAGGAGCUGCGAAGGGACGGCGCUUGGGUGCUGGAGCUUGGGAGACACAGCCCUGGGGCACUGGUGGCAGCUUUGGAGGGUCCGCUGGCCACUGACCGGGCAUUUCUCGUCGGCGCAGUGGCUCUCCACCCGGUGAUGCUCAGCAGGGUAGGCGAAGAGAUUCGCUCCGACCGAGACUUCCUGCUGGAGGUCCUGAGCCAACGCGGUGAUGCCUUGGCGGCUUUCUCCGAGGAAGCUCGUGCAGACAAGGAGAUGGUGAUGACGGCGGUCAGCAGGUUCGGCGGAGCACUGGAGUUUGCCUCCGAGGAGCUGCGUGAGGAUCGGGAGGUGGUGCAAAGAGCCGUCCUGAACGGGGCCGCCCUGCCUCCAGGCUUCAACAGCGACCGCGAGCUGGUGCUCGAGGCUGUUCGCUUGGACGGAAUGGCCCUGGAACUCGCCAGCAAGGAGCUCCGUGAUGACGAAGAGGUGGUGAUGACAGCAGUGCGACAGAACGGCCAUGGAAACAGGUGGGCUUCACGUCGACUUCGAUCCAACAGGGCCUUCGUCUUGAGCGCUGUGCGGGUUGCUGGAAGCGACGUGCUCCAGCAUGCCUCCGUCCGGCUUCGGACAGAUGGAACCUUUAUGGCCUUGUUGGGUGCCGAUGGCUGCACCGAAGAGGACAUCAUCUGCCGUGGCAAGCACGAGGAACAGAUCCUCAAGCGCUUCCUUUUAAACGAGGCUCGUGUUCGGAGAUGGAUACUGCAGCGGAGUCUGCAGCGCAGGGAGCGGAAGGCAGCGGAGUUGAUCUGUCGCCAUGCUCGCAGCUGCCUGGUUCGGCGCAGGUUGCUCUAUGCACAAGCCGAUCUGUAUGAGUCUCAGACGUUCUAUUUUCCCGAGCGGCAUGCUUGGGAGUUCCACGUUUUGUGCAACCUGGUACUGCGGGCUCACGGCUGGCCGUCGUUGCCAGCAGACCACGCAUUUGAGGAUGCCAAUGUUUUGGGCAUCCGUUUCCCAGAAUUCAACGAGGCGCCGCGACGAGACAGCACGCUGCUGCGCUUCCUGGGUUUCGCUGGUCGGGUGGUGCUGCGACCGCUCCGUUGUGGAAGGCCAACAAGUCAGCAAGUUACCGAGCUGGCAGAGAUGUCAGAGCUACAAAGGAAUGACCCAAAGGAGGGCAAAGAAGGGGGUGAAAGGAAGGUCCGGCGCCGUGGCGACAGCUUCAACAAUCGUUGCCGCAGGGCCUUCCAGAACUCCUGCUGCCCCGGCCCACAUCCUGUACGCAUCGAGGCCAGGGCUCAAGUGCAAGACUGCGUCCUCCUGAAG